CUACAUCGUCGUGGGCAUAGAGGUCGUGGGCGUUUUUUUGCCUCUGGUUUUGCCGUUCUGCUCAUCUUUCCUUUUAAGUCUAGGUUUCUUUAAUCGGAUUGUUAUAAAUUAAAUUAUUUUCCACACUUUAUUUUUUUCGUCAUCUGAAUCGGCUUCGAAGUUCGAAUAAUUCGGAUACGAAAACGGAUUCAAAACUCGCAGCAAUGAGUCAAGCCGCAUCGGCCUCGACGUCAUCACCAUCUUCCACGUCAGUUUGCUGCCGUGCGUUGCGUCUGGUGCAAAAGUACAGUAAACAUGGAUUUGUUCCUCCCAUUAAUCGCCCUUCUAACGUUAUCCCUGAGUGCGGUGGAGAGCAUACGAUUCACAGUCAAGCCCAACAGCAAGCGAUGUCUAAAAGAAGAGGUGAUGAAAGGAGUCCUCGUCUCUGGAGAGUACGAUCUCUCUGAUACACCCGGUCACAAAACUGACAUCACUGUGAAAGACACGAGCGGACACAUCCUGUACACCAAGGAGGGCAUCACCAAGGGCAAGUUUGCCUUUACGACGGAUGCGUACGACGUGUUUGAGGUGUGCUUCAUCACCAAGCUGCCCAGCGAGAUGAAGGGCAUGGAUCGGGAGGUCAUGCUCCUGCUCAAGCACGGCGUCGAAGCCAAGAACUACGACGGCCUUGCCGAGGUUGGCAAGCUCAAGCCUCUCGAGAUGAAGCUGCAGCAGCUGGAAGACCUGAGUGAGGCGGUGGUGAAAGACUUUGCCUACAUGCGGCAACGGGAAGAGGAGAUGCGGGACACGAACGAGUCGACCAACUCGCGGGUGCUCUACUUUUCCAUCUUCUCCAUGUGCUGCCUCCUGGGGCUGGCCACCUGGCAGGUGCUCUACCUCCGGCGCUUCUUCAAGGCCAAGAAGCUCAUCGAGUAACUCCCCAGCCGCUCUAGUUUUUCCCCUGCCGCUUCCCUCACACUGCCUUGCCUUUUUCUCCCCAACCCUUGCUUGUUUUUUCUCUCGGGCCAAAAAAAUGUUUCAGCUUCCCUGAUUCUUCCCUCCAAGACCCUUUCCACCCCCGUUUAACCUCAAGACCACUUCCCAGACAUUAUUUGCACUUCCUUUGUUUUUCCCAGGCAGUUUUUCCCUUAUCAAGAUUUUCUCUCAUCUCAAGUUUCCCCGAAUCCCUAUUACACGGAAGCCGUUUGUUUUUCGCUUUUUGUUAAAUUUUCCUUUCCCUCACUAUUUUUUUCUUUUACCAGCAUAGAUUCUUCUAUGCUUUCCCCAUUUUGUCUGUUGGAAGAUCCCUAAAUGUUUUGGUCUUUUUAUUUUAGUGCUUGGAGCUUCCCUUUCUUGCUUCUGUAAUUCCCCUAAAAUAAGGAGACUGGUUUUGACAGUGCUAUCACUUUCUUUCUAUUGCUUUCGUUUUGGGGGACUCUUUUUCCCCUUAUGACGUGACCCACGAUGCUCUCCUAUUGGCUGCCUGGACACAUGCACAAAAACUUGUCUAAAAAAAGUAUUCUGGUCGUGUUUUGGAUAAUUCUAGGAACGGGUGCUGCUUUUUUAGCAUUGUGGGGAAAGUUGCAGUCGUUGCCACAGAUGACUUUGCCAUCGAUCAGCAUUUCUGAGAACUGUCCAUUUUGAAAUGCAGAUCUAGUUUACACAUAUACGGAGGAGCUACAGACUUAUGUCCAAGUAAGUUGAAUUCUGAAAGGGGCCCUUUUUUUGUAAUUUCACCGGGUUUAUUGGGAGGCUGGAGUCGCAAUAACUGAAGCUUGUCACCGCAAGCUCAUGUCAAAUCAAGAGUUUGCAACGGUAGAUCACACGAUCGCUGGACGGAGUAGGGCAUAGUACCUUUCUCGGAGCCUACAAAUACAUGGCAGUUGUUUUUAUUGCGCAUGGAUCAAUGGCGUCGUUCUUUUAACGAAAAAUCUGUCUAGUGCAAGUGUCAACAUACGUCUGUGCACCGCACAUUUAUCUAUCUUGGAAAUGGUGGCUUUUCUAGUUCUCGAUUGUCGUUGCGAACUCCGCCUGGAAUCUGCGCCUGUUCAGAAUCGUCUAUCUGAGAAGCGUCGCAAAUUGUACAGAAGGUUGUGUGUUUUUGAUUGUCUCAAUAUUUUCGAGUAAUAAAAAAAAGUUUUCUCCAGA